CAAGCGUCGCUCGCUCGCUUUCUGUGGGACGAUAUAAAAAGGCGGGCUUCGGCGAGGAGUUGCACAGUUGCAGCAAAGGCGGCGGCGGCAGCAGAAGGAGAAGGAGGAGGACUAAACAAGCCGUCUGCAGGCGCCGAGCUCCAGCUAGCCAUGUUCCCUCCUGCCCUCCAGCUCGCUGCCUUUCUGCUCGCCUGCCUGCUCCUGAAGAGCUGCCGGGCUUUUAAGAACGAUGCGACCGAGAUCCUGUAUUCGCAUGUGGUCAAAGCCAUGCCUGCCAGCAGCAACAGCAACAAUAACAGCAACAACAGCACCUUGAACCAAGCCCGAAACGGAGGCAGGCAUUCCGUCUUCGAUCGGAGCAGUCGUGUUCAAGUUGGCUGCCGGGAACUGAGAUCCACCAAAUAUAUUUCAGAUGGCCAAUGUACCAGCAUAAACCCUCUGAAAGAGUUGGUGUGUGCUGGAGAGUGCCUCCCGUUGCCAGUUCUGCCUAACUGGAUUGGAGGAGGUUAUGGAUCCAAGUACUGGAGCAGAAGGAGCUCCCAGGAGUGGAGGUGUGUGAAUGACAAAACCCGCACUCAGAGGAUCCAGCUGCAGUGUCAAGAUGGAAGUACAAGAACCUACAAAGUAACUGUGGUUACAGCAUGCAAGUGCAAACGAUACACCAGGCAACACAACGAAUCUAGCCAUAACUUUGAAGGAGCCUCUCAAACAAAGCCAGUCCAACAUCAUAAAGAGAGGAAAAGGAACAGCAAAUCCUUGAAGCAUCCCACAAGUUAGAGCUCCACCAUUCAUUUGAAGAGAUGAACUUCUCAAUGAUAUCAUCAUCCAACAAAAAUCCUUUCACACCAUAGUUGCUUCGCAGUUGAGUGUACACACACUUUUGUAGCUUUGACCAAACUCCAAAGGGCAUUCAGUGCAUAAGUACUUUUUGCUUUUUUGCUUAUCAUCUGUAUUUUCAAGAUGGGCAAUAUGCCUACAGCUAAUUGGGUAACACUUCCUGCCCCCCCUUUUUUUACUGGAAAUAAAUAGUUGUUACCAUGGACAUUCAAUCAAUUUUAUAUUGUUCUAGAAAGCUGCUGUUGUGAGUUUUCAUGGGCACGCUUGUAUUUUAUCAGGGUCUCAUAUGUCUCAUUUAAAAGGAAACAAAAGCUUUUAUUUUAAGUACAAUGAAACAAAAGCAGUAUGUAUGCUGAUUCUUCUCUUUCUCAUAAAUACUGGUAUCAAUACAUUACAAAAGAAAAAACUAUGCAUGACAGCGGCUGAAAAGUAUCCUUGAACAAAAGCUAUUUAUUUGUCAGUGUAAUUAUUUAAUGAGCUUUUUUGUGUUUUCAAUUUUUUAAGAUGCCUAUUGUAUGUUUUAACACUUUCUCCAACAUCAAAGUAUUUUCCUAUGAUUUGUGGUCAAAGUAGAAUAUACAUUUUGUAGAUAAUGUAAAAUAGAUAUUUUAACCCUUGUAGGUUCUUUUAAUUCUCAGUUUCAACGCAAGUAAAGCAUUUUGAGGAACGUUUUGUAAAUACAGGACAUUGUAAAAUAAUUUGUAUUUUUUUAAGUAUGCAAUCAAAAAGUAGAACUUCACAUUGAUUUCACCCAUUUUUAAUA